AUAUACCUGCUCUCCUCUGGACGUCUUUUCUUCAACUUCCCAACAGUUUACUACCAACACCAUAUACCUAUAUUUCCUUGUUCUAUUUUCAUCAUCUUAUUAAUUCAAAAAGCACUACUACACAGAUGGAAGAUCGCUCCAGAAACUCUAUGAUGGGAAGAGGUAAUUCUUCUGAUACAAGAACCAUUCCUCAAGAGUCCCCUGAGGAGAGUAGUUGGACUAUGUACUUGCAAGAUUUCAUGACAACCAAUAGUCAAGACGAUAACGAUGACGACCGCAGUUCUUUCUCCUCAUACGGUUACGAGAAUUGUUCCAUAAUCUCCGACGCCGGUUCUUCAGUCACCCGAAAGUUUACUAUUAAUGGAGAAGUUUUAGGGUUUGGCGUGGUUGGAGGUUAUAAUAGAUCUGGCGUCAUGUUUAAGAGACAACCCAAAGAAGUUUUGCUUGAUGAUGCUUUGGAGGACACAGCUACUUCUCCAGUAAAUAGUCCCAAGAUUCGUAAUCUAAGCCGGUCAACUGUGGAACCAACACUCCAAAAAGAUUAUAUAGACAUACCUAAUGCGGAGAAAGGAAGUACUUCUGGCCGGGUGGAUGAGAGAAAUGAAUCGGGAUUUAUUGGGAGAGAGAGUGACUGCACAGAACUGAAGAAAAGAGGACUUUGCUUGGUUCCAUUUUCUACGGUAGCAAACUAUUUUGGAUGAAUCAUUGCUAUCAUCGUCCAUAUUUACUAGUACCUCAGUGAAUACGUAUAUCUCUUCUCUCUCUCUCUCUCAUGAUCAUUGAUUCUGUACAUAAUGUGAUCGAUUGCUUUUAUCAUAUGCUAUUGAGCAAGUACACUCCAUGUAUCAUCAAUUUCAGCAAUAACAAAAUCAAAACCAGUUGUCCAGUAGCUGUAGACGAUA